AUGUUAGAGAAUCAAAAACGUCAGGUGGUUGGUCGACUUAUAAAUUUACGAUCGAGAUCAUCAUCAUCAUCAUCAUCAUCUUCGUCUAUAAUUAGCACGAACACCAUGGCAAUUAGUGUUCCUGUUCCUCGUUCGCCGCACAAACUAUCAAACUCUGGCCGUUCAUCAACUCCUCUAACCGAACAACAACAAGAGACUAUUCGCUGA